UGUUUGUCAACUCUCCUCCUGCUGUCAUGGAGCUGCUGGUCCAGAUGUUCCCCUGAGGGAGCGAGGCGAGGCAAACCUGAGCUGAGGUGAGCGGAGGACUGCAGGCUGGACAUGGAGCUCGUCCGUCUUCUCUUUGUCUGCGUCCUGCAGGCUCAGCUGGGGACUUUGUGGGGCGCAACGCCUGAAGAUGUGCAGAGGGGCCCGCCUGAGGGGACGCCCGCUCUGCCGGGCACCAGCCGGUCCAGAUUGGCUCGCAGCGCGGCGUCCCAGGGAGGUCGGCUCGACAUCAGUUUCCUGCCUGACAACAUGACCCACGUAGUGGAGGACUCUCAGCGCUACUACAGCUGGCAGAGUUUUGGCCCUGAAGACAGACGCACCAAAGACUUGUGGGUGGAUCUGGACUCUCUGCACAAGAGCCAAGUCCGAAUCCACGGCAUCCUGUCCAAUGCGCACCGGCAAGCGGCGAUGGUGGCGCUGUCUUUUGACUUCCCUUUUUACGGACAUAACGUGAGACAAAUCAUCGUUGCAACUGGUGGCUUCAUCUUCAUGGGGGAGAUCACCCACCGCAUGCUGACCGCCACCCAGUACAUUGCUCCCCUCAUGGCCAACUUCGAUCCCAGUUUCUCCCAAAACUCCACUGUUAGGUUCUCAGACAACGGUAAUCUGUUUGUGGUUCAGUGGGACCAAGUGCGGCUAAAGGAGCGAGAGGCCGAAGGGGCAUUUACCUUCCAGGCGGCCCUGCACAUAAAUGGAACGGUGGUGUUCAACUACAGAGAGAUCCCGGUGCCAGUAGACACGAUCAACUCUAUCGAACAUCCCGUCAAGGUUGGGCUGUCCGACGCCUUCAUGGCGUACCUCCCGUCUGCGGAGGUGUCAGACGCAAAGCAGCGGACCAUCUACGAGUAUCACCGCGUGGAAAUCAACACCACCAAGAUCGUCAACGGAUCCGCCUUCGAGUUCACUCCGCUGCCCACUUGUCCUCAACACACCUCCUGCGAACUCUGCCUGGCGUCCAACCUGACCAGCGGCUGCGGGUGGUGCAACACGCUCCAGCGAUGCUCCGACGGGAUCGACCGUCUGAGGCAAGAGUGGUUGGAUUACAACUGUCCUGAAGAGGCUAAAGGCACAUGUGAGGACUACAACUUGCCAGAAGAUUCCACCCUCUCCUACAACCACUCCUCACUUUCUCCCUCAACUUCCUUUGCCACGGAGCUGCAGGACGAGCCUGUGACCAGGGAUCCCCGGGAGGGCUCAACGAUAACGGAGACCACGGCCAUCAUCGCAGGCGUGCUGGCCGCCCUGAUCCUGCUGGUAGCGCUGACCCUCCUGGCCGUGUACUGCAUCAACACCCACCCCACGCUGGCGCCACCGUUCUACCUCAUGCAGCGACGCAGCAACAGCUACUGGCCCGCCAUGAAGUUCCGCAACCAGGAGUGCCAGUCCGGCGAGGUGGAGCUCGGGGGCCACGAAAAGGAAGGCUUCAUCGAGGCGGAACAGUGCUGCUGAGGCUCCAACAGUGCUAAAGGGCGCCAUCUUGAGGACGGCAUGGCUUUUUUUUUUCCUCUUGUCACAUUUUGGAGGAGAAAAGUGUUUCAAAAGGGAAGUCAGGGAGUGAGUAAACAUUGCCUUCAUACUGUAUCGUACACUUCCUAACCCAUUGUUGUUUGUGGAGGAGUUACAUGAUAUAUAACUAAUGAUCCUGGGAAUGUAUCCGCUUGUUUUCUGGGUGUCAUUUCCUGUUCUAAUGUCUUUUAAUAAUAAAAA